AUGGUGGUCCUCAACUUCACCCUGAGUGAGGAAGGCGUCGCCGUGCUUCAUGAUGCCCUCGCAUGCAUGUUCAAAUUUAGUGACGAUGUCUGCUUAGAGGCAAGAAAAGAUAAAUUGACACUCACGACUCUCAACAUAUCCAAAUCGGCAUACGUCUGUUUCUCUUUUGCCGCCAAUAGGUUUUUCUCUCGGUACAGCUUCGAAGGGACUCCCCAGUAUCGCGAGCGUUUUUUCUGUCAGCUAUACAUACGGUCUCUCCUCACUAUCUUUAGAGCAAGGCAGGGUAGUGGGGACUUAUCGCGCGAGAGGGACGCGUCAAUCGAUUCCUGUGAUGUGGCAAUCGAUGAUGGAGUCGGCAAGAAGAGCCGUCUAGUAGCCAGGGUUUCUUUCAGAAACGGCAUCACGGCUUCCCACUCCCUACCGUACGAAGUACAACCGCCGAUUCACGCCAAGUUCAACAAGGCUGAGGCAACUAACCACUGGGUAAUUUCGUCCCGGACAUUACGACAACUAAUGGAUCAUUUUGGCCCGGGGAUCGAGCUCCUCGAUAUCAACACAGACGAGGAGGCGCGGGUUGUGAAUUUCACCUGUUUCACCGAGAAGGUGCAGAAACGUGGUGCUCUCAACAACGAAGCCGUUCUCAAAAAGCCUCUCCACACUAACAUUGCGGUCGAGAUGGACGAGUUUGACAACGUCGAGGUUCAAGACAAGCUCCACAUCAUCAUCAGCGUCAAGGACUUCCGCGGCAUUUUGCAGCAUGCUCAGAUGACCAGUGGCGCGCUCACGAGUAGCUACUCGAACCCGGGACGCCCCAUGAAGCUGUCCUAUGGAACCGACGGCGUCCUGUGCGAGUUUAUCCUCAUGACCGUUGGCGAGAAGGACGCCCUAACACAGAAACACAAGAAUCCCAGGGGGGGUGUUGCAAAGGUUACCCCGGCGCCACAGCUCGAUGCAGCAUCACAUCGCGGAAGUUCUGUUACUGGUGGCAACCAACCGGAACCACCCGCGUUGCGGCCUCCCCAACACAAAACGCCUAUCCGAACCCGUCACCCAGCUUUCGAAAUGCGCCCAUCCCCCGUACCGCCCCCAGCCACGACUCGGUCCGACUCGUUAUUUGUCGACCAAGAUGAAAAUGAUGAGCAAUGGGAGCCGGUAAACCCAGACGAAGAGGAGGAAGAGGAUACCGGAAGGCUCGAGUGGAAUGCCACCGAUGAACCGAAUCCGUCGACACUUCGGAUUGGGAGUUACGUAUCCAAACCAGCUGAAACUGAAGAAGCGCCCCCUGAACGCCUUGCUUCGGGCCUUGAGCCUACCCAACGACUCUCCGAGGUCCGCCGUUUCGGCCUUUUUUCUCCUUGA